AUGUGCUCUUCCGCGAUCGGCAUCUCGUGGUUCCUGCUUCUUCUCCGGCCCCCGGGCGACCAAUCAUGUCUCGUCACCGGUCUGACCGGGGGACUCUGCUCCCCGACAGAUACAGAGUGCAUGUGCACCAGUGAGGCCUUCCAGGCCAAUGUGACCGGCUGUGUCUCCAUCUCGUGCACGAUCCCCCAGUCUCUGACCACCAAGAACGUGACCGAGACGACGUGCGGCGCCCCCGUCCGCGACCGGUCAAGGAAGCUCGUCCGAAUCGUCGACGGCCUGACCAUCCUGGCCGGUAUCUUCGUCCUGGUCCGCCUGGUGUGCAAGGUGGUCGUGAGCAAGGUGCACCUGAUGCUGGACGACUGGCUCAUCCUCGCCACCCUGCUCACCGGCAUCGCGAGCGUGUGCACCAUCAUCUACGGAGCCGUGGCCAACGGGCUGGGCAGGGACAUCUGGACCCUCACGUCCCAACACAUCACCAGCGUCUUCAAGUACUUCUACAUCAUGACCAUCCUGUACUUCUUCCAGACCACCCUCGUCAAGCUGUCCAUCAUCAGCUUCUACAUGCGCAUCUUCCCCACCCCGCAGACCCGCCGCAUCCUCUGGGCCACCUUCACCUUCACCUCGCUCUGGGGCCUCGCCUUCGUCCUGGCCGCCAUCUUCUCGUGCUGGCCCAUCGCCGUCUUCUGGAAGAAGUGGGACGGCAUGCACCCGGGGACGUGCAUCAACACCAACGCCAUGGCGUGGGCCAACGCCAGCACAAACAUCUCCCUCGACGUCUGGAUCCUGGCCGUGCCUAUGUGGGAGCUGCGCAGGCUGCAGCUGCACUGGAAGAAGAAGAUUGGCGUCGGAUUCAUGUUUUCCCUCGGCGCAUUCGUCACGGUCGUCUCCAUCCUCCGUCUCCGAUCGCUCAUCUACUUCUCCAAGACGGACAACCCCACCUGGCAAUUCUACGACGUAUCGCUCUGGUCCGAUGUCGAGGUCAGCGUCGCCGUCAUCUGCGCCUGCCUGCCCGCCGUGCGCCUCCUGCUCGUCAAGAUGUUUCCCGUCCUCGGCGGCACCUCCAACCGACAUGCCGCGUACUACCAGAAGGACUACCACAGCGGACACCGCGGCGGCCCCUCCGUCGGGGGCGGCUCCAUCGCCGGCGCCAGCCACUCGGUCCACGUCUCGGCCGGUGGCGGGGGAGGAGACGCCCGCUCCCAGCCGGGUAGCAAUGCGGCCGACGAAGGUGCCAGCAUAGAUUCCAACUCGGGCAUCAUCUUCCACAACAAGACCUACCAGGUCCAGGUGACCGACAGUGACGAGGUGAGCUUGGUGAAUCUGGCGAGGGGGAAGGGGCCUGGUACGGCGUUGUAG